GGCCAUGAGACAGAGCUUGUCCGUGCAUGCCUACACGGCUCUCCCUCGCCGUGGCCCAAGCUCUGUUCCCUUCCGACAGACCCGGCCGGUACAAGCGCCUGCGACAUGGCCGGAGCGCCGCCCAUCCGCGCAUAAAUACCCCCACACCAUCUAUCACCGAUUCACAACCAACAGCAGCAGCACACAUAUACACACAAGAACCAUCCAACAAAUUCAGAAUGGCUUCCUCAUCAAGCAGGAUGCUUGCGGCGGCAGCGCUGGCGGCGUUGUUCGUGGGCGCGAUGUGCGAGGCCCCUGUGACGUUCACGGUAGAGAAGGGCUCCGACGAGAAGAACCUGGCGCUGUCGAUCAAGUACAACAAGGAGGGCGACUCCAUGGCGGAGGUGGAGCUCAAGGAGCACGGCUCCAAUGAGUGGCUGGCCCUGAAGAAGAACGGCGACGGCGUGUGGGAGAUCAAGAGCGACAAGCCGCUCAAGGGACCAUUCAACUUCCGCUUCGUGUCCGAGAAGGGGAUGAGGAACGUGUUCGACGACGUGGUUCCGGCGGAAUUCAAGGUCGGCACCACCUACAAGCCUGAGGAGUAAAGAGAUCUGCCAUCGGUCGUCAUAAGAAGUUUUUGAUUUUCCUCAUAUCGUGAAUAAUUUGUCGAGGUUUUUGUCAGUGAGGUGGUGAUUGGGAGAAGCACAACUAUGGAUGUGCUUCCUAGUAUCUCCCAUGCACCCAUUACCUUGGCCAAUAUUUUUUUAUAUGAAUCGAAUUAUGUUAGUUUAUUUAUGAGAUAUUUAAAAGGGAUCCCAGAUAUUUUUGCC